AUGAUGUUCCUUAAAACGGCUUACAGGAAUCUGCUUUGUCUGAUCUUCCUCUUCAUCAUCACAGGAGCUCUUGGGAAUAGAUGGAGUGUGACAUACAGUCAGGAACAUCUCUGUGCUUUAAAAGGAUCUACAGUGUUUAUGAACGGCUCGUACACACACCCAGCAGAUUUUACAGUGAAUAAGGCAUUUUGGGUAAUAAACCCAGUUUGGGGUAAAGAGUCGACUGAUCUGAGUACUGUAUCAGGUUACUCAGGCAGAGUGGAGUAUUUAAGAGAUGAACAGAAACACUUCUCGCUCAGACUGAGUGAUGUGAAGAAAACAGAUGAACAUCAAUACAUCAUUAGAGUCCUAGGACAGAAAAUGCAAAAAGUAGAUACAUACUUCUUUCUUCCAGGAGUGAAACUCAAUGUCACAGAUCUUCAGGUGUUCGCUCCUGCAGAAGUGACAGAGGGACAAUCAGCCGUUCUGAUCUGUAAAACCACCUGCAGUCUGACUGAUCCAACAUUCAUCUGGUACAAAACCAGCCGUGAUUUAACCACAAACACCAUCAAGAGCAAUGAAGUCCACCUGCAGUCGGUCAGCAGUGAGGAUGCAGGCAGUUAUAGCUGUGCUGUAAGAGGAUAUGAACAUCUCCCCUCUCCUGCUCACACACUCAGAGUCAGAUAUCCUCCAAAGAAUGUCUCAGUGUCCAUCAGUCCCUCUGGUGAGAUAGUGGAGGACAGUUUAGUGACUCUGACCUGCAGCAGUGAUGCUAACCCACCUGUGGAGAACUACACCUGGUUUAAGGUGAAUGAACCCUCAGCUGUAGGAUCUGGACAGAGUUACAGAGCUCUACAGAGUGGACAGUACUACUGCGAGGCUCAGAAUAAACACGGCUCUGAGAGAUCAGCUGCAGUGUCUGUCACUUUACAUGUCUUAUAUCCUCCAAAAAAUGUCUCAGUGUCCAUCAGUCCCUCUGGUGAGAUAGUGGAGGGCAGUUCAGUGACUCUGACCUGCAGCAGUGAUGCUAACCCACCUGUGAAGAACUACACCUGGUUUAAGGUGAAUGAAUCCCCAUCUGUAGGAUCUGAACAGAGUUACAGCUUCAUUUUAAGUUCCAGAAGCAGGGGCCAGUACUACUGCGAGGCUCAGAAUAAACACGGCUCUGAGAGAUCAGCUGCAGUGUCUGUCACUUUACAUGUUUUGUAUUCUCCAAAGAAUGUCUCAGUGUCCAUCAGUCCCUCUGGUGAGAUAGUGGAGGACAGUUCAGAGACUCUGACCUGCAGCAGUGAUGCUAACCCACCUGUGGAGAUCUACACCUGGUUUAAGGAGAAGACAUCAAUAGGAAAAGGAAAGACCUACACCAUCUCCAACAUCAGCUCUGAGGACAGUGGAGAGUACAAGUGCAAGUGCAGUAAUGAAGUCGGACAUCAGAACUCCAGCAGUGUAACUCUGAAUGUUCUGUAUCGCCCAAAGAAUGUCUCAGUGUCUAUCAGUCCCUCUGGUGAGAUAGUGGAGGACAGUUCAGUGACUCUGACCUGCAGCAGUGAUGCUAACCCACCUUUGGAGAUCUACACCUGGUUUAAGGUGAAUGAAUUCUCAUCUGUAGGAUCUGGACAGAGUUACAGAGCUCUACAGAGUGGACAGUACUACUGCGAGACUCAGAAUAAACACGGCUCUGAGAGAUCAGCUGCAGUGUCUGUCACUUUACAUGUUCUAUAUCCUCCAAAGAAUGUCUCAGUGUCCAUCAGUCCCUCUGGUGAGAUAGUGGAGGACAGUUCAGUGACUCUGACCUGCAGCAGUGAUGCUAACCCACCUGUGGAGAUCUACACCUGGUUUAAGGAGAUGACGUCAAUAGGAAAUGAAAAGACCUACACCAUCUCCAACAUCAGCUCUGAGGACAGUGGAGAGUACAAGUGCAGGUGCAGUAAUGAAGUCGGACAUCAGGACUCCAGCAGUGUAACUCUGAAUGUUCUGUAUCGCCCAAAGAAUGUCUUCGUGUCCAUCAGUCCCUCUUGUGAGAUAGUUGAGGGCAGUUCAGUGACUCUGACCUGCAGCAGUGAUGCUAACCCACCUGUGGAGAUCUACACCUGGUUUAAGGUGAAUGAAUUCUCAGCUGUAGGAUCUCGACAGAGUUACAGAGCUCUACAGAGUGGACAGUACUACUGCGAGGCUCAGAAUAAACACGGCUCUGAGAGAUCAGCUGCAGUGUCCGUCACUUUAAAUGUCUUAUAUCCUCCAAAGAAUGUCUCAGUGUCCAUCAGUCCCUCUGGUGAGAUAGUGGAGGACAGUUCAGUGACUCUGACCUGCAGCAGUGAUGCUAACCCACCUGUGGAGAUCUACACCUGGUUUAAGGAGAUGACGUCAAUAGGAAAUGAAAAGACCUACACCAUCUCCAACAUCAGCUCUGAGGACAGUGGAGAGUACAAGUGCAGGUGCAGUAAUGAAGUCGGACAUCAGGACUCCAGCAGUGUAACUCUGAAUGUUCUGUAUCGCCCAAAGAAUGUCUUCGUGUCCAUCAGUCCCUCUUGUGAGAUAGUUGAGGGCAGUUCAGUGACUCUGACCUGCAGCAGUGAUGCUAACCCACCUGUGGAGAUCUACACCUGGUUUAAGGUGAAUGAAUUCUCAGCUGUAGGAUCUCGACAGAGUUACAGAGCUCUACAGAGUGGACAGUACUACUGCGAGGCUCAGAAUAAACACGGCUCUGAGAGAUCAGCUGCAAUGAACAUGAACAUGCUGUAUCCUCCAAAGAAUGUCUCAGUGUCCAUCAGUCCCUCUGGUGUGAUAGUGGAGGGCAGUUCAGUGACUCUGACCUGCAGCAGUGAUGCUAACCCACCUGUGGAGAUCUACACCUGGUUUAAGAUGAAUGAAUCCUCAGCUGUAGGAUCUGGACAGAGUUACAGAGCUCUACAGAGUGGACAGUACUACUGCGAGGCUCAGAAUAAACACGGCUCCGAGAGAUCAGCUGCAUUAACUCUCUCCAUCAAUUAUCCUCCAAAGAAUGUCUCAGUGUCCAUCAGUCCCUCUGGUGAGAUAGUGGAGGGCAGUUCAGUGACUCUGACCUGCAGCAGUGAUGCUAACCCACCUGUGGAGAUCUACACCUGGUUUAAGGAUACAUGUAUGACAUCAAUAGGAAAUGAAAAGACCUACACCAUCUCCGACAUCAGCUCUGAGGACAGUGGAGAGUACAAGUGCAAGUGCAGUAAUGGAGUCGGACAUCAGGACUCCAGCAGUGUAUCUCUGAAUGUUCUCUAUUCUCCAAAGAAUGUCUCAGUGUCCAUCAGUCCCUCUAUUGAGAUAGUGGAGGGCAGUUCAGUGACUCUGACCUGCAGCAGUGAUGCUAACCCACCUGUGGAGAACUACACCUGGUUUAAGGAUAUGACAUCAGUAGGAAAAGAAAAGACCUACAACAUCUCCAAGAUCAGCUCUGAGGACAGUGGAGAGUACAAGUGCAAGUGCAGUAAUGAAGUCGGACAUCAGGAGUCCAGCAGUGUAACUCUGAAUGUUCUGUAUCACCCAAAGAAUGUCUCAGUGUCCAUCAGUCCCUCUGGUGAGAUGGUGGAGGGCAGUUCAGUGACUCUGACCUGCAGCAGUGAUGCUAACCCACCUGUGGAGAACUACACCUGGUUUAAGGAUAUGACAUCAAUAGGAAAAGAAAAGACCUACAACAUCUCCAAGAUCAGCUCUGAGGACAGUGGAGAGUACAAGUGCAAGUGCAGUAAUGAAGUCGGACAUCAGGAGUCCAGCAGUGUAACUCUGAAUGUUCUGUAUCACCCAAAGAAUGUCUCAGUGUCCAUCAGUCCCUCUGGUGAGAUGGUGGAGGGCGGUUCAGUGACUCUGACCUGCAGCAGUGAUGCUAACCCACCUGUGGAGAACUACACCUGGUUUAAGGAUAUGACAUCAGUAGGAAAAGAAAAGACCUACAACAUCUCCAAGAUCAGCUCUGAGGACAGUGGAGAGUACAAGUGCAAGUGCAGUAAUGAAGUCGGACAUCAGGAGUCCAACAGUGUAACUCUGAAUGUUCUGUAUCUUCAGGUGAUUGCUCCUGCAGAAGUGACAGAGGGACAAUCAGCCGUUCUGACCUGUAAAACCACCUGCAGUCUGACUGAUCCAACAUUCAUCUGGUACAAAACCAGCCGUGAUUUAACCACAAACACCAUCAAGAGCAAUAAAGUCCACCUGCAGUCGGUCAGCAGUGAGGAUGCAGGCAGUUAUAGCUGUGCUGUAAGAGGAUAUGAACAUCUCCCCUCUCCUGCUCACACACUUAGAGUCAGAUAUUCUCCAAAAAAGGUCUCAGUGUCCAUCAGUCCCUCUGGUGAGAUAGUGGAGGACAGUUCAGUGACUCUGACCUGCAGCAGUGAUGCUAACCCACCUGUGGAGAUCUACACCUGGUUUAAAGAGAUGAUAUCAGUAGGAAAAGGAAGGACCUACACCAUCUCUAAGAUCAGCUCUGAGGACAGUGGAGAGUACAAGUGCAAGUGCAAUCACCCAAAAAAUGUCUUAGUGUCCAUCAGUCCCUCUGGUGAGAUAGUGGAGGGCAGUUCAGUGACUCUGACUUGCAGCAGUGAUGCCAACCCACCUGUGGAGAUCUACACCUGGUUUAAGGAUAUGACAUCAGUAGAAAAAGGAAGGACCUACACCAUCUCCAACAUCAGCUCUGAGGACAGUGGAGAGUACAAGUGCAAGUGCAGUAAUGAAGUUGGACAUCAGGAGUCCAGCAGUGUAACUCUGAAUGUUCUUUAUCGCCCAAAGAAUGUCUCUGUGUCUAUCAGUCCCUCUGGUGAGAUAGUGGAGUCAAGUUCAGUAACUCUGACCUGCAGCAGUGAUGCUAACCCACCUGUGGGUACCUACACCUGGUUUAGGGGGAGAAAAUCAAUAGGAAAAGGAAAGACCUACACCAUCUCCAACAUCAGCUCUAAGGACAGUGGAGAGUACAAGUGCAAGUGCAGUAACGAAGUCGGACAUCAGGACUCCAGCAGUGUAACUCUGAAUGUUCUGUACCACCCAAAAAAUGUCUCAGUGUCCAUCAGUCCCUCUGGUGAGAUAGUGGAGGGCAGUUCAGUGACUCUGACUUGCAGCGGUGAUGCCAACCCACCUGUGGAGAACUACACCUGGUUUAAGGAUAUGACAUCAAUAGGAAAAGGAAGGACCUACACCAUCUCUAAGAUCAGCUCUGAGGACAGUGGAGAGUACAAGUGCAAGUGCAGUAAUGAAGUUGGAUCUCAGGAGUCCAGCAGUGUAACUCUGAAUGUUCUUUAUCGCCCAAAGAAUGUCUCAGUGUCCAUCAGCUCCUCUGGUGAGAUAGUGGAGGGCAUUUCAGUGACUCUGACCUGCAGCAGUGAUGCUAACCCACCUGUGGAGAUCUACACCUGGUUUAAGGUGAAUGAAUCCUCAGCUGUAGGAUCUGGACAGAGUUACAGAGCUCUACAGAGUGGACAGUACUACUGCGAGGCUCAGAAUAAACACGGCUCUGAGAGAUCAGCUGCAGUGUCCGUCACUUUAAAUGCCCGGAGGUCUUCCAACGCCUGGAGCACAUCGCCCUCCAGCGAGAGGGCCACCUGGAUGGCUGUUUCUGAGGUCCAGUGCCGGAAUCUUAAACGCGCCGCUCCGCUCCGGUUGCCGCUCUUUGCUCGCGCUGGCCCCGUCAGGGAGGGGUUUCCUCCCCCUCCACGAUGGAAGAGACAGAAGAAAAAGGCAGAUGCAGGUGACUAUCAGAACGCUGGGCCGAGUGAUAAAGACGACACGUACGCAGCUCUCGACCCCACAGGCCGGACAUCUGAUGAUGUGUAUCACACACUUACACAAGGAGUAGGACUGCGACAUUAA